AUGAAUCAUUCACACAGCAGAAGUCGUAGUCGAAGCAGAGAGAAGUAAUUGAGACCCCAAGAGACCUGCUAACAUAAUCUACAACAAAUCAAGAAGGUCUUUAUGGAUGGUAGACCCAAUACCAACCCGGAAGAUGUUAGAAAGUAUCGCCAAACCAAUAGAAUCUUCAUCAAAUCGACCCAUAACUUUGUUCCUGAUCCCAUACUUAGAUUCGAAGACGUAUACUGUUUCCCCAAGCCAUUACAAGAAUUAAUAGUAUAGGCUGGAUUUCCAGGUCCAACUCCAAUCUAAGCAUAAAGUUGGUCCAUUGGAUUGACUGGCCAUGAUCUCAUAGGCAUUGCCCAAACAGGAUCAGGCAAAACCUUGGCAUUUCUAUUGCCAGCCAUCAUUCACAUUUUGGCAUAAUUGAAAUAAAAUGCAGAUCCAUAAUGUUUGAUUAUGGCUCCCACAAGAGAACUUACUCAUCAAAUUUAUGAGCAAUUCACUAAAUUUUCAGUUGGUUCUGGAUUGAAAGCUGCAUGCUUAUUUGGAGGUUAAGAGAAAUUUAUAUAAAAAAAUUAAUUGAAUUAACAUCCUCAUAUAUUGAUAGCAUGUCCAGGCAGAUUAAUUGAUUUAGUUGAAUCAGGAAGUACAACAUUGAAAGGAGUCACCUUCUUGGUAUUGGAUGAAGCAGAUAGGAUGUUGGAUAUGGGAUUUGAACCAUCAAUAAGGAAAAUUGUGGCUCAAACUAGAGCUGAAAGAUAAACGAUGCUAUUUUCAGCCACUUGGCCAAAAGAAGUCUAAUCAUUAGCCUUAGAUUUCUGUACUCAAUAACCAAUUCAUAUCCAGAUUGGAAGUCUGGAUCUGACUAGCAAUAGACAAAUUCAAUAAAAGGUGGUCAUCCUAUCUAAAGAACAAAAGGAAGACAAGCUAAAAGAAAUAUUGAAAUCUUUGGGUACUCGAAAGAUAAUCAUCUUCUGUUAGACCAAGAUCAAGUGUGAUUAAUUGCAACUCUAUCUGAUUCAAGAUGGAUUAAGAUGCAAAUCAUUACAUGGAGAUAAGAGACAAUCAGAGAGAGAUUUUGUAAUGAAUAGCUUCAAAAAAGGAGACACUACAGUGUUGGUGGCAACUGACGUAGCAUCUAGAGGAUUAGAUAUUAAGGAUAUUGAAUUUGUGAUUAAUUUUGAUAUGCCAAAAAUGAUUGAGGAUUAUGUUCAUAGGAUUGGCAGAACAGGCAGAGCAGGAGCUUAAGGAGUGUCUAUUUCGUUGUUUGAUUCCUAUGAAGAUGCUAAGUUAGCAGGAGAUUUGGUUGGAGUGCUCAGGGAAUCAUAAAAUGAAGUACCAGGGGAAUUGUCUCGUUUAGCUAAUGUGAAUAAUUAAGGUUAUACAAAUUAUCGUAAGUGGAAUGCCCCUUCUGGUAGAAUACAGUAUUGCAGUUGA